AAUGGUACCUCCUCCUGUUCCCUCAAAUAAACCAACAUAAGCACCUCCAUAAGUUUAAUAACAACCAGCUCUCUUUGGAUAACCUUAAACAUACUAACCUUAUUAGACACUUGCACCUCUCUAAUAUCAACCUAUCAAUGCUCCUUUGACAUACAGUAUUGCUAGUCCAGUUUAACCUGUUGUUUAAUAAGUUGUUGCCCCACAACCAAUACUAGCUUAAUCAUAUGUAGCUUAACCAGUUGUUGCUUAACCAAUCGUAGCUUAACCAGUUCAAUAAUCAGUUCAUGUAUUAAUCUUAAAUACUAUAUAGCCAACAAUCAAAGGAGAAUCAAGAAUAGAAUAUAUUCCUUAUUAGAAAGCCAUAACUGAAUAUGAAGAAUAAGAAGUAGUACAAUAUGUUCCAAGAGAAAGAAAAGUGACUGAUUAUUAUGCUGUUGAAUACUAAACGGAAUAUAUCCCAUAAGUAUUUUAGGAGAAAUACACAGGUACUUAUAAUCAAAUAAUGUUUAAGAAUAUGUACCAGUAGAUAGAUAUUAAGAAAGAGUUGAAUAUUAUCCAGUCGAAAGAUAAGUAGUUCAUUAAUAAGUUGCCUAAUAACCAGUUCAAGUUGUUUAAUAACCAGUUCAAGUUGUUUAAUAACCUGUUUAAGUUGUUUAAUAACCUGUUUAAGUUGUUUAAUAACCUGUUCAAGUUUAUUAAUAACCAGUUCAAGUUUAACCAAUCUAAACUUUACCUGUUGCAUAUGCCCCAUAAUAUAGUUCUCCUAUAAUUUCUUCAAGAGUGAUUCCAGCUUAUUAACCAUAAUAUUAGCCAGUUCCUUAAAAGGUAUAACCAUAAGCUCCACCAAGAUCAAAUUUAAAUAAUAAUAUAUGAA